CAUCCCACAUUUUUUGACUCCAUUAGAAUUUUUUUUUUUUAAAAAAAAAGAGAGAGUUUUUGUUGUCUUCUCUUUUUUGUAGCAUUCAUUUUAUGAAGAUUCCAGUUAAUUCACAAUUGAAACUAUACCUCAUUUGCUGUUUUGUAUCGCUGGGUGGAUUCAUGUACGGAUAUGACAGCGGUGUUACCUCUGCUGUUAUGCUCAUGCCAUCAUUUCAACAUAAAUUCAACAUACCCACAGAUUCUUCAGCAUACACAGCAGUCGUACCAGUUUCUUUAGCCGCUUCUUUUCUUGCCUCUUUUAUCUCAGGGUUUAUAGCGGAUGCAUUGGGAAGAAAGCGAUUUCUCUAUGUAGCAACCAUUAUACAUGAAAUAGGUUGCAUUGUCGAAGUCGCAGGACAAACACAAGGUUCCUUUUUCGCUGGUCGUGUCCUGACAGGUCUCGGUGUUGGUGUCUACAGUAUGCUUGUUCCCUUAUAUCAAAGCGAAGUAGCUAAACCCGAAAACCGAGGACGAUUAAUUUCCUUUUAUCAAAUCUUUGUGACACUUGGAUUUUGCACGGCCUUUUGGUUAGUCUUUGGUAUUUAUCGUUCACAGGGUGAUCUUGUAUGGAAAGUACCCUUUGGUACGCAACUCAUUGCAGGUGGUAUCAUGUUGGUGGGCAUCUAUUUUAUUCCCGAAAGUCCACGUUGGCUCAUUUACAAGGAUAGGCCACAAGAAGCACUCCGGAUACUAGCUCAAUUAAGGUCAAGGGGUGACGUUCAUGACGUAGAGGUACAAAUGGAAUUCACAGGUAUCGUUCAAGACGUCUCAUUUGAUAAAAUCGUCUACAAGCAACGUUUCCUCAGUCUUUUAAAAAAGGGAAACGAUAAUAACCUCAAAAGAACCUUAUUGGGUAUGGGCAUUCAUACUUUUACUCAACUCUCCGGUAUCAAUGCCUUAUUAUUCUAUUUACCGCAUAUUCUGGAAUCCGCAGGUAUCAAGGAGAUUUAUUCAGCCUUGUUGGGAAAUGGUGUAGGUGGGAUUGUCAAUUUCGUAGCCACCGUCACUGUCUUGCUCUACAUUGAUAGAUGGAGUCGACGUAAAAUUCUAGUGGCUGGGGCAUUGGGUAUGGGAAGUUGUAUGUUGGCCAUCGGUAUUGUAUCUGCUGUAUUUAACCAAGAGUUGGUGAAUAAAGUAGCGGUGUAUGGAGAUGUGGAUGUAGUAGGCCUUGUAACACCCAGAGCCACCUAUGCAAUUAUUGUCUUGCUUGCUGUAUUUAUUGCCUGCUUUGCACUAAGCUGGGGACCGAUGGGCUGGAUUUACCCUGCCGAGAUUUACCCACAAAUGAUUCGAGCCAAUGCGAUGGGUGUCACCACUUCAUGCAGUUAUCUUUUCAACCUCAUUAUUUCGUUGGUAGCACCCAUCAUGUUUCGGGAGAUUGUAUGGGGUACGUAUCUAUUCUUUGCAGUGAUCUGUUUUAUCAUGGCAGCGGUGAUCCAUCUCUACUAUCCAGAGACAAGAGGAAGAUCAUUAGAAGAGAUCCAAUUGAUCUUUAGUGGCGCAUUAAUUGAUCAACGUCCAGACGCACAUCACCCUUCCACAGCGGCUGAAGCACUUUUGCAUUUAGAACAAAUUCAACAUCGAGAUAAACGGGAUCAAUUAGCGCGUGAUCAUCGUGAUUAUCCGUUUACGUUUCCACAGACAUUUGAGGUAUCGAGUCCGCAUAAUGUUACCCGCGUGUUUAAUAAUGGAACAAAUUAUUAUGAGCCGAAUAACGAACAUUCACAAGUGGAUAUUAUAUCACCGCAACCGACACGACCUUCCACAUGUACUAGUGUGCGGAUACCGUCUAUUUCUUCCGUGCAAUCCUUGUAUUCUGGUAGAAUGCAAGAUCCAGAAGCCUGAGAGGGCUUUUUUUUUUUUCUUUUUUUUUAAAAAAAAAAUUGUAUAUAUAUAUAUAUUCCUUUGUAAAUAAAUAAC